GAUAUGCUCGUAUAGUAUUACCGGUAGGCUCUGACAGGGACGGCAUAGAAUUAAGCUUCAAGUUGAGCCGGUCUCGUGCUGCAUUCGUUGUUGCGCAAGCUCUUUGAAUACAAUCUGUGCCCAUGGUUAUUUCUUAAGCGUUGGCCUGCGGCAAGGCGCGCUUGUGUGAAAGUCGAUCUCAGGCGACGGCGAGCUGCCGGUGCGCUUACGCCUUUUUGGACUGCGCAAAAGUCCCAGUCGUUAACACACCAAGCAGCACAGACGCAUCAACCAUGGCGUCCUUCUUCGGCGACACGCUGGGCGCCUACAUGCUCCCCCGCGCGGUGCUGGAGCUGCUUCAGCAGCCGGGCGGGCAUAACCAAGCAGGCGUGUGCCCCGACUCGGGCUUCGCGUGGCUGCUGUCGGGGUCGCAGCUCUACAUCUGGCGCUACCGCGAGGGCAAGGAGGCGCGGCUGCGGGUGCUCACCCUGCCGCGACCGCCGGCGACCUCGCAGCCCCCCUCCGUCGCGCUCAUCGCGCACGGCUCCGCCGCCAGCGGCGGCGCAGCCGCCGCCGGCGCCACCUCGGGCCUGGGCGUGGCGGGCCCGGCGCCUGCGGCGGCGCCUGCCGCCGCCGACGGGCCCCUGAGUGUGGCGGUGUGCGACGGCGACGGGCACCUGACGGUGUGGCUGGACGCGCACCACCUGGCGGCGCCGGCGGAGCAGCAGCUGCUGGCGCCGCCGGCGGGGGUGGCGGCACGCCAGCCCCGUGUGCCGCUGGUGUCCGCCUUCGCCGCCUCCCGCCUGGACCUGGGCUCGGGCCCGGCCUUCCUGGCGGCGCUGUCGGCCAGUGACGGCUCGUUGCACCUGGUGCAGGUGGGCAGCCAGGGCAUCUUCCCCAAGCAGCUGUGGUCGCCGCCCGCCGCGCCCGAGCGCCCCGGCCUGGUGGGCGCCCUGGGCGGCCUGCUGUCGCGCGCCUACACCGACGCCUUCGACCCCUCAGCCCGAUACCUGCGCCGCCAGCCCAGCCCGCGGCCCGCGGCGCGGCUGCACCUGGGCCCUGUGGCGGGCGGCGGCGGCAGCCACUACCGGCUGCUGGCGCUCACGGCGGACAGCGUGGACUGCUGGGCGAUCAGCACCGGUCUGCGCCCCAGUGAGGCGCUACAGUGGUCCUUCCUCAACGGCCUGGUGCGCACACACGACAGCCGCCGCACAGCCGCGCCCCUGACCCCCACGCCCGCCGCCUCGGCCGGCGGCGCGGCGCCCUACAGCGGCAGUAGUGGCGGCGGCGCGCUGGCUGCUGCUACAGGUGGCGCUGGCGCGCCUGGCAGCGGCACGGUUACUGGGGCUGCGAACCUGGACUUUGCGGUGUGCGGGCAGCACGUGGCGGUGUGGAUGGUGGAGACGGUGCGCGGCGGCGGGCCCGGCGCGACAGUGGCGGAGCGGCGGGAGACGCAGCAGCACGUGGUGCAGCUCCUGGAGCUGCUGCCCGAGGGCGGCCCGGGCGUGUGCGGCGGCGUGUGCGACGUCCUGGAGGGAUACACAGAGCCCGCCGAGUCGUCCGGCAGCCCCCUGCGCCGCCUGCUCUUCUCGCCAGCCUCGCACUCCUGCCUGCUGGCGCGCUGGCAGCAACACCACCACCAGCACCACCACCAGCAGCAGCCCUCGCAGCUGGACGGCGGCUACGGCCUGCUGCAGGGCGUCUUUGGCGGCGGCGGCGCCGCCUCGUCCACCUCCCGCACCUGCCGCGCCCUGUGGAGCUGGAACGCGCUCAGCGGCGCCGCCACACUGCUGUCGGAGGACCCGGACACAGCCGCCGUCGGCGCUGGCGGCGCCGACGGCGCAGCCGGCGGCGACGCCGCCGGCCGCUGGGUCGUGCUGUCCGCCACCUACGGCGUCGUGGAGAUCGCCGCCGUGGCGGCGACGCCGGGUGCGGCGGCGGUGGCGCCGGCGCUGCCCGCCGCCGCCGGGCUGGAUCCCGCCGCCGCCGCCAGCCACCUGCUGGACGCGGUGCUGAGCCAGGCAGCGGCCAUCGCGGCGGCGGGCGGCAACCUGCAGCCGCUGGUGGCGGGGCUGGAGCGGCGGCUGGGGGCGCUGGGCGCCCUGGCCACCACCGCCUCGCAGGCGGCCACCCUGGGCCGCUACAGCACACAGCUGCUCGACCUGCUGCCCAAGCAGUGGGCGGGCGGCGCGGCGGCGGCGGCGGAGCCGCCGCUGGCGUGCCUGGCCAUGAGCGGGGUGCUGCACGCGCUGGCGCCGUCGGUGCUGCGCACGCUGAUCGAGAACAGUGAGAAGCUGGCGGUGGUGGUGGCGCUGCACCGGCUGCAGGCCCACCAGCGCGACACGGCGGCCGCCGGCUCGGGCGGCUCGCCGGCGGCGGCGGCGGCGCUGCUGUCGCGGCUGGUGGCGGAGGCGGGUCAGGACAGCAGCGCGCGCGAGUACGAGGUGCUGUCGCCCGCUGAGAUCUUCUACGCGCGGCCGUCCGCCUCGGUGGGGCACUUCGUGGCGGCACUGGGCCGGGCCGCGGACGCCGUGGCGGCGCAGGCGGCGGGCGGGCUGGGGCACCCCGGCGACAGCGGGCUGUCCUCGCUGCGCUCCUCGGUGCGCGAGCUGGGUGUGCUGGUGGCGGUGGCGGUGGCGGCCGCCGUGGGCCGCCGCGACCUGCUGGCAGGCAGCCCGCUGCACCUGGCGGCGCACGAGGUGGCGGCGCGCCUGGGCGGACCGGACUGGCUCAGCGGCGCAGACACACGCGCGGCGCUGGGCAAGCUGGCCGUGGCCAUCCAGGCCGUGCGGCCCGCGCCCUCGCCCUCGCCCUGCCUGGAGCUGUCGCACAGCCUGUUCGGCGUGACGGACGUGCUGCUCACCUGCUUCGCCUCCGCGCUGGCCGCCACCCGGGACCCCGGGGCGCGGGCGGCGCUGCUGGCGGACUACAGGGCCACACGCAGCCGCUGUGCGGACGACCUGUUGGCGGACGCGCUGGCGGAGAUGCGCCUGGCCACUGCGGCAGCCGCGGCGGCAGCAGCAGCACAGCCCGACCAGCAGCAACAGCAGCAGCAGCGGGGCGGCGCGCCGGCCCCCGAGCUGCUCAUCUGGCAGGUGGAGGCGCUGUGCCGCGCGCACCACUGCUACGGCCACCUGUUUGAGGUGUGCGAGGCGCUGGCGGCGGCGGACCCGGCGGGGCAGUCGGGGCGGCUGCACACGCACAUGGCCACACUGCAGCCGGAGGAGGGCGCGGCGGGCGGCGCGGAGGCGGGACAGUCCCAGACGCUGUCGGGCUACGUGUACGGGCGGCUGCUGGCGGACGGGCGGCCCGCGGACCUGCUGGAGCUGCCGCCGCAGUUCAGGGCGGGUGUGACCACCUUCCUCCAGUCUCAGCCGCCCGCCGCCGCCUCCGACCUGCUCGCCACACACCUGCUGCGCACCUCCGCCUUCGCCGACGCAGCCGCCGUGCUGCACCAGAGCGUGUCGGCGGCGGCGGCCGCUGGCGCCGACAAGGCCGGCGGCAAGGCACAGGGCCAGUCCCCGGCGAAGCAGGCGGCGGCGGAGGCGGCGGGCGCGGGGUCGCUGGGCGGCUACCGCCGGCUGCUGAGUGUGGCGCGGCUGGCGGCGCGGGCGGGCGGCGCACCGCAGCUGGAGGCGGCGGCGCUGCUGCAGCUGCGGCUGCUGGGGCUGCAGGCGCACCUGGGCCUGCCCGCCGGCGGGCCGCCCAUGCAGCCCGCCCUGCUGCUGGACGAGGCGUUGGCCGCCGCCGCCGCCGUCAGCCGCGCCGGCGGCGCCGCCGCCUCCGCCGCCAGCGCGCCCGCCAAGGAGGCGGCGGUGGCGGCGGUUGAGGUGCUGGCGCUCAUGCCGGCGGCGGAGCGCGCCGCGCACGCCAGCAAGUGGCAGUUGGCCUGGAAGGCGGUGUACGACGCCGACGGUUGGGAUGACGUGGCGGCGGCGCGCGGCGCCGCCGCGCGCGGCAGCACCUCUGGCGAGGCCGAGGUGCUGGCGGCGACGGCAGUGUGCCGCGCGGCGGCAGCGUGCGGCGGCACUGACGCGCUGGGCUUUGGUGCAUCAGUGGUGGACUCGGCUCCCCUGGACCAGGUGGCUAGGUGGCUGCGGGCCUGGGCCACUGGCGGCGCCGCCGGGGGCGGCGGCAACGGCAAUGGCAACGGCGGCCGCGGCGGCGGCAGUCCGGCGGUGGCGGCGAGAGCGCCGGACGCGGCGGCGGCGCGGCGUGUGGAGGCGGUGAUGGGGGCGCUGGGUCUGGGCGUGGAGGGCGCGAGGGCGCGCGGCGGGGAGGCGGUGGUGGGCGCCGGGAGCGCGCUGGCGGCGGGCGGUGUGGGCGGUGCCGGGGAGGUGGCGGGCGUGGCGGGCGGGGCACUGGACAUGAUUGUGGACUGAGUGGGCUCCCGUGCGCGGCGCUGUGUGCGUUGGAAGCGUGGUGAAACCGUGGUUGUUGUGUGGGGGGUUCAAGGAAGGUUGGGCCCGUGCAAAUGGCGUGUGCGAAGCAGGCAGUUUGAGCGGGCGUGUGGCGCAAGCGGUCCAGGUAGGUGCGCGUUGUGGAGGGGGCAGGUGCAUCGGUUUGUUCGGGUUGUGCAGUGAGGAGUUACGCCUGUGGCCACUCAGGGGCGCGCGAGCUGUCCUCCUGUGCACGAGUCGGCGCAGGCGCUUCAUGCAGUUGGGCUUUGGGCUGCCGUGGACAUGGAGGGCCCAGUUCAUGAGUCAACACGAGCAGUCAGUGCUUUGCAAGCCGCGGCUCGUAGCACGAGUCGACCACUCACACAACGCAGCAAGUGCAGCAAUGUAGAAUGACACCUGUGCUCAUGCGCGAACACACGUGCGUCCGCUACGGCUUUCCCCUUUUUC